UAGAAGAAAAAAUAACACGAAUUUUAAACCCCGAGGCUUCAACAUUGGGUUUUUAGUUCUACGGCAAAAGUUUCCCGGGACUCACUGCGCCAAACCGCUCGCCAUCUUCUUCUUGCUUCCGCUCCGCGAUUUGGGUUUCUGAAAACGCGUUACAGUAAUUCUUUUCUACGUGGUGGGUUGGGCCUAGGUGGUUAUGGUUUCUGUUGGUUCGAGAGCUUUAACAUCGAAGAGACAUAAAACCUGUAUUGUAUCUGAAGACCACUUAAUGGGUGAAGAUAAAUUAGCGCAUAAAAGCGGGAGAAAGAAAAAUGCCAUGAACAGGAAGGCUGAACGUGGAGGUCAUGGCUUUGAUGAGAAUAAAACUCACAGGAACGCUUCUGGGACUGAUAGUGGAAUGCGUUCAAAUAAAAAGUUCACCGACAGCAAAAGUACAUCUGCACCACAAAGUUCGUUCAUUAGGAAACAGGUUGAUCCUGAAACAACAAAAUACUUCAUGGAGAUUUCGAAUUUAUUUGGAAGUGAUAAUGUUGACUUUGAAGAACGAUCGGUUAUUUGUGGCAAUGCUUUAGAGGAAGCUGUGGGGAAAGAGUUUGAACUUGCCACCGAUUAUAUCAUAAGUCACACUAUGCAAAGCCUUCUUGAAGGCUGUAAUGUUGAAGACCUUUGUAAUUUCCUCCACAGUUGCGCCAAUCAAUUUCCAUUUAUUGCAAUGGAUAGAUCCGGCUCACAUGUUGCUGAAACAGCUAUCAAGUCUUUAGCUAUGCACCUACAAGAUGAAGAUGUUUAUUCUCUGGUUGAAGAUACUUUAACAGCCAUAUGUAAGGAAAUUGUAGCAAACUCUCUAGAUGUGAUGUGUAACUGUCAUGGUUCCCAUGUUCUUCGAAGUCUUCUCCAUCUUUGCAAAGGAGUGCCUCCAGACUCUUCAGAAUUUCAUAAUAGAAAAUCAUCAACAACGCUGGCAGAGCGGCUGAAUGUCAAGGCACCUCGUUUUAAUGGAGAUCAUGGGUUCCAUAUUCAGCGAGGUUUCCCAGAAUUACUUAAGUUGCUUAUCUCUGGGAUGCUGAAAGGUGCAAGAAAGGAUGUCAGGAUCUUGCAAGUUGAUCAGUACGGGAGUUUGGUUAUUCAGACUAUUCUGAAGUUGAUGGUGGGACAAGAUGAUGAGCUGACGCAUAUAAUCCCCACCCUUCUUGGCUGUAGUGAAAAAGAUGUCAUGGAAGGAAAUUAUGUACAAAUAUCUGUUGUUCCAGAUGUUGUGGAUUUGAUGAAAGAAACUGCAUUCAGCCAUUUAAUGGAGGUGAUUUUGGAAGUGGCUCCAGAAAAUUUGUUCAAUGAACUUAUCACAAAAGUAUUCCAGAAUUCAUUGUUUGAGCUGUCAUCGCAUCCUUGUGGAAAUUUUGCUGUCCAAGCACUAAUUUCUCACCUAAAAUACGAAGAUCAAAUGGAGUUGGUAUGGUCUGAGAUUGGAACAAAGAUUAGAGAUCUUCUUGAAAUGGGAAGGUCAGGAGUUGUUGCUUCGCUUAUUGCUACUAGUCAGAGGCUUCAAACACAUGAACAAAAGUGUUGUGAGGCUCUUGUUCGCGCUGUAUGUUCAGCUAAUGAUUCUCCAAAAUGUAUUGUUCCUCGAAUAUUGUUUAUCGACAGAUAUUUCUUCUGCGAAGAUAAAGCCAAAUGGGAUUUUCCUAGUGGAGCAAAAGUGCAUGUCAUGGGUUCUCUAAUCUUGCAGGCAGUUUUUCGAUAUCGAACGGAUCUGAUUCAACCUUACAUUACAAGUAUCACAUCAAUGGAAGACAGCCAUGUCCUUGAAGUAGCAAAAGAUUCCAGUGGAUCUCGAGUUGUUGAAGCUUUUUUAAAUUCUGACGCCCCUGCUAAAUUAAAACGCCGAUUAAUUAUGAAGCUACGGGGUCAUUUUGGAGAGCUUUCGAUGCAGUCAUCAAGUUCCUUUACGGUUGAAAAGUGCUAUAAUUUCAGUAACAUGUCUUUACGGGAGGCCAUUGUAUCUGAGUUGGUAGCUUUACGAAGUGAUCUCUCCAAAACGAAGCAAGGACCUCAUCUCUUGAGGAAGUUGGAUGUUGAAGGGUUUGCAUCCCGACCUGACCAGUGGAGAUCAAAACAAGCGUCAAGGGAAUCAGCUUACAAAGAAUUUCACGAUACAUUUGGGUCUGGCAAGUCCAAAUCAUCGAAAACCGAUGGCUUCCUUGCCGACAAUUCAAAGUAUAAAUCACAUCCAAAGGACGUGAAGACCAUGCGGCAAGAGAUCGAGCAUCACACAACUUCUGGCACACCUUUUCUAAAAAUGUCUGGCUUUAAGAACAAGUCAGAAAAAGAUAGGCACGGUGGUAAACAAUAUUCAAGAGCUUCCAUGGAUAUUGAUACCUCAGAAGGAAAAACAAAAUCUUCCAAAAGGAAACGGAAUAAGGAUCAGUCCGAGAAAACUGCUUCGGGAAAAAGGAAACGAAAAAUGUAGCUAUGAACAAGAAAUAGUCCUUGUUUACUUGUACCUUGCAGAAGUUAGCACAAAUGCAUUGCCUGGCAAAAAAAAUCUUCAAAGCUAAGCUAUAGAAAGUGUAGUAAGUUGUAGGUUUAAGAGUUUUCACCAGGAUUAUCUAAUUAUAUCAACAGUUUUGUUUGGAGUUGGAGCAUAGACUUUCAUGGGAAUGUAGAAGAAAUGAAAUGCUUUUCAAUUGUCAGUGGGGUUAGAGAAGAUGUUUUGAUGGAGCCAUAUACUAUACAAGAUCUUCCAAGUAAUCAGAAAAAUAUGAGAGAUUAUGUUGUCGGAGAACUUGGAUGUUUAUGCUUUCUUAUUCACAACAGAGGAGGACCUCAUGCAUAGUGUGGAAGAAGAAUGGUCACAACAACUUAAUGGUAGAAUCAAGUAAUGUAUUGUCUUCCUCUAUUUAAUUUUACUUUCAAUCUCUUAAUUAGUUUGUUAAUUAUGCAACAUUAUCAUCUUUAUACUAUGUCUCCCAACCCAACUCCUUAAUAAAAUCUUCAUUUCUCUUGAGUGGUAAUUUUCUAGAGAUUUUCUGGUGAUUAUUUGACCUUCAAAUGUAUUCAAAAAGUUAUUUAGUGGUUGUCAACUUCUAAAGGAAACUUAUUGUAA